CAUCUAGUUCUUGGUCUAGAUGCUGGGUGGAAGCGCUCCCUUGAAGCCCUCCAGUGAAGUAGCGUCAAGGGUGAUCUUCGAAAGUGCGUUCCACGCAGUUACUGUCCAUGGGAAAAAUGAGUUCCGAUAGAGAUAAUUCUCACCGUGGCCUUCACUUAGAUGUCCAGUAAGGACCGAGAUAGACGUGGGGACUUUGGCCAAGUCCGUGACCGCGAGAGAAGUCGCGACUUGCACUCAGAUCGUCACAGAGAUCGAGGAGGAAAAGACCGGGAAAGAGAUAGAGGCAGGGACAAGGAGCGGGAGAGGUCUGAGAGGGACCGCGAUCAAAACAAAGAUCGACAUCGAGAUCGGGAUAGAGACAGGGAGAGAGACAGAGAACGAGAGAGGAAGAAGGAUAGAGAUCGGUCGAGACGAUCAUCCAAGUCACCAAGUCGAAAGUCAAAAAGCGUGAAGAAAGAAGAGGAGGAAGAAGAGGAGAUGAAGCUGGAGAAGAAACAGCCCAUUUCUCUGGAGGAGAUGAUUGCCAAGAAGAAUGCAGAGCAGGAGGCCUUGUCUAAGCCUAAAUUUCUGACCAAGGAGCAGAGGGCCAAGCUAGCCCUUGAGAAGAGACAGGCCCAGGUGGAAGCUCAGAGGAAGGCCUUGGAAGAGAACCGGCAGAAACAGGUGGAUUUUGAGAAGAUGGCUCAACAGGCUUCAGAGGACCCUAGGGAGAAGGAGAGGAGAGAACGGAGGGAGAGGAGGAUGAGAGAAGAUGCCGGGGAUGAGGAGAAACUCUCAAGAGAUGAACUCAAAGAGAAGCAAGCAAUAAAGGACCGUUACUUGGGAGGCGUCAAGAAGAAGAGGAGAGUGCGGCGUCUCAAUGAUCGAAAAUUUGUCUUUGAUUGGGACGCGGGCGAGGACACCUCGGCAGAUUUCAACCCUCUGUACAGAGAUAACCAUCAGAUCCAACUCUAUGGACGCGGCAGCAUUGCAGGAAUAGACAUCAAAGCACAGAAGAAACAGUCCAAGUUCUACCAGGAGGUCGUAGACACACGCAGGACAGAGCAGGAGAAGGACCAAGAAAAGACCCGCUUGAAGAAGCAGAAGAACAGAGAGGACAAGCUGAUCUAUGACGAGAGACACUGGAAGCAGAAGAAGCUGCUAGAGAUGAAGGACAGGGACUGGAGAAUCUUCCGAGAAGACUUUAACAUCUCCACCAAGGGGGGCCACAUCCCGCACCCGAUCCGCUUCUGGGAUGAGUACGGCCUUCCCAAACAUAUCACCGAUAUCAUCGCUGAAGUCGGUUACAAGGAUCCGUCGCCCAUCCAAAGACAAGCCAUACCCAUUGGUCUACAGAAUCGUGAUGUCAUUGGCGUUGCCGAGACUGGGUCUGGUAAGACGGCCGCUUUCCUCAUUCCCCUGCUGGUCUGGAUCACCACGUUACCAAAAAUCGAGAGGGACGAGGAUAAAGACCAGGGGCCUUACGCUAUCAUUCUAGCCCCGACCCGCGAGCUGGCCCAGCAGAUUGAAGAAGAAACCAUCAAGUUUGGCAAACCCCUCGGCAUCCGUACUGUCACCAUCAUUGGCGGUAUCUCCCGGGAAGACCAGGGGUUCAAGCUCCGUCUGGGAUGUGAGAUCGUCAUAGCGACGCCAGGGCGUCUGAUUGAUGUCCUGGAGAACAGGUACCUGGUACUCUGUCAAUGCACCUACGUGGUACUUGAUGAGGCUGAUCGCAUGAUUGACAUGGGUUUUGAGCCUGACGUUCAGAAGAUCCUUGAGUACCUGCCUGUGACCAAUCAAAAGCCAGAUUCAGAAGAGGCAGAAGACUCAGCCAAACUCCUCGCCAAUUUUGCCUCCAAGAAGAAAUACAGACAGACGGUCAUGUUCACCGCGACUAUGCCUACAGCAGUGGAGCGCGUGGCCCGGUCCUACCUCCGUCGACCGGCCGUGGUCUACAUCGGCUCCAUUGGCAAACCAGUGGAGAGCGUCCAACAGCUCGUCUACAUGACCUCCAACCAGGAGAAGAGGCACAAGCUCAUUCAGCUUCUCGAGAAGGGCAUCGAUCCUCCUGUCCUCAUCUUUGUCAACCAAAAGAAGGGCGUCGACGUCCUGGCAAAGAGUUUGGAGAAGAUGGGUUUCAACGCAACCACCCUUCACGGAGGCAAAUCUCAGGAGCAGCGUGAGUACGCCCUCGCGUCCCUCAAAGCGGGCCUCAAGGAUAUAUUAGUCGCCACGGACGUCGCUGGUCGCGGUAUCGACAUCAAAGAUGUCUCCGUCGUCAUCAACUUUGAUAUGGCCAAGAACAUUGAAGACUACACCCAUCGUAUAGGAAGAACGGGUCGAGCUGGCAAGACCGGUACUGCGGUCAGCUUCCUAACGCCUGAUGACAGCGCCAUCUUCUACGAUCUUAAGAACGUCCUGUCGGCGAGCACAACCUCCUCCUGCCCACCGGAGCUUGCGAGCCAUCCCGACGCUCAGAACAAACCUGGUACAAUCAUGCAGAGGAAACGCAAAGACGAAAAGAUAUUUGUCUCAUAGAAAUAGGGAGACGAUUCUUUAUCAGGUAUGCCAGAAAUUAUGCAGAGGAAACACAAGACGAAAAGAUAUUUGUUUCAUAGAAAUAGGGAGGCGAUUCUUUAUCAGGAAUGCCAGUUUUCAGACCAUAGCCCGAUUUCAGAGCCAUCCCGACGCUCAGAACAAACCUGGUAUAAUCAUGCAGAGGAAACGCAAAGACGAAAAGAUAUUUGGCUCAUAGAAAUAGGGAGGCGAUUCUUUCUCAGGAAUGCCAGUUUUCAGACCAUAGCCUUAUUUCAGAGCCAGACACCUCCCCAUUUAAUUUUUGUUCAGGCUUCAUUUUGUACUGCACAUGUGGGAACCCAACAUGACAAAGUCUCUUUUCUGGUUGAUUGGCUGAAACCAACUGGCAUUCUGGUAUUUAUUCUUGAAAAGGUAUUGAAAAGGUGCACACAGUAAUUAGACUUUGUUAAAAAAUUGUCCAGACACCUUGAUUUCUAGAAAAAAAUUUGGAACCAUCGUGCAAUGCAGAGGAAGCAGAAAGAGAGAAAGCAGAAAGAUGGGGCGAUCUUUGUCUUGUGGAGGAGGAGGAGGAUAAACUAACACGCCUGGAUGUGCAGACUAUGGAUGUAUAUUUCAAGAAUAGUGCAUUCCUCAGUUUUGACUUUUGACCAUUGUGUGACUACCUGUGCUCAGUCUUUGCAGCAUCCACAUUAUUAUCAAAGAUAUUAUUACUCCAGAAAUAAAAACUAAAUACGUGUAGUCUCAAAACAUGACACAACUGUGUUCAUGCCCUGCUGUUGAACAUGUUAACAUGUAAUUUCUUUUUGAAAAGAAGUCACUUUUGUUAUUGGGAUUGAUGGGAAAUGUUUUCAGUAAUGUUCUGUAAGUAUGAAACUUAGAGAUGAUUUUGGAUAUUAUGAAAUUCAUGAUUGUACCUUUGAUACCGAUUUUUGGCUUUUUCCCAUUUUGGUUCAAAAGGGAUUUGUAAUAAAUUAAUUUUGACGAUCUUUUUAAAAAUUAGUAGGCAAACCAGUUUUUAUUAUAGUGAGUUAUGAAAGAGAAGUGGGGGCUAUUAAGGGAAAGGACCACUUAUUUCCCUGUAUGUAUAGUCCAGAACCUGCUUGGUUUUUAUUUGAAGCUCUCCAAUUUUUGAGAUCUCGCCCCUACCUGCUGGAAGACGAAUUCGAGGAUCACGGCAUCUUCAGCUUGCAGCAAGUUGGGAGAUAUUGUUAAAAUUAGAUACGGCCAGAUUCUGGGCUUAACAUGUAUGUGCUGGGUAUUUUUAGUAAACAACGUAUUCUUGGAUUACUUUGUGAAAUAUUGAGCAAUUUGUAUCAUUUGUUUUUCCUUUGAUUUGAUCAUAGAUGCAAUGGAUAAAGGCGAAUAUGUUGAUACAAAUAAAUGAAAAGUUGUACAUAUGUAA